AUGGAGGGGGCGGGAACAGCACUACUGUGGAGCCAGGUGGGCUCGCCGCUGGCGUCCUUCCCGGCGAUGCUGUUCACGGUGGCGGCCAUGGCGGCCGGCGCAUUCGCAGUGUACUUCUACGCGCCGUCAUGGCGCCUGCGCAGUGUGCCGGGCCCCCUCGCUUACGGCCUCGUCGGCCACCUGCCGCUGCUGGACAAGCAUGGCUCCCAGGCGUUCGGCGUCCUCGCAAAGAAAUACGGGCCCAUCUACAGGUUCUACAUGGGCAGGCAGCCGCUGGUGGUGGUCGCCGACCCGGAGCUGUGCAGGGAGGCCGGCAUCAAGAAGUUCAAGAGCAUCGUCGACAGGAGCGUGCCGGUCACCAUCGCUAGCUCGCCCAUCCACUACAAGAGCCUCCUCUUCACCAAGGGCUCGACAUGGCAGGCGAUGCGGAACGUGAUCAUCUCCAUCUACCAGCCAUCGCACCUGGCGAGCCUCAUCCCGGCCAUCCAGCCCUACAUCGAGCAGGCGGGCAACCUGUUCUGCCCCGGCGAGGAGAUCACCUUCUCUGACAUCUCCAUCAGGCUCUUCACCGACGUCAUCGGCCAGGCCGCCUUCGGCGUCGACUUCGGGCUCACCAAGGACGCCGCCGACGACGCCGAGAAGAUCAUCCACGACGCGCCCCGCGACUUCAUCCAGAAGCACCUGUACGCCACCACGUCCCUCAAGAUGGACCUGUCGGGCUCGCUGUCCAUGCUCGUCGGCACGUUCCUGCCGGCGCUCCAGAAGCCGCUGCGGCAGCUGAUGCUGCGCGUGCCGGGCUCCAUGGACCGGCGGAUGGACGAGACCAACACGGCGCUCAGCGGCGAGCUCGACACCAUCGUGGCGGAGCGGGCGGCUCAGGCGGACCGGGGCCAGAAGAACUUCCUCUCCGUGCUGCUCAACGGCAUCGACACCAGCGACGCCAUGAGGAAGCUCUUCACGCCGGACUACGUCAGCGCGCUCACGUACGAGCACUUGCUCGCGGGCUCCGGCACCAUGUCCUUCACGCUGUCGAGCCUGGUGUACCUCGUGUCGGCGCACCCGGAGGUGGAGGGGAAGCUGCUCCAGGAGAUCGACGCGUUCGGGCCCAAGGACGUGGUGCCCGACGCCGACGACCUCCGCACCAAGUUCCCCUACCUGGAGCAGGUCGUCAAGGAGACCAUGCGAUACUUUCCCGGCUCCCCGGUGGUCUCGAGGGAGGCGACCGCCGACGUCGAGAUCGGAGGCUAUUUCCUGCCCAAGGGGACGUGGGUGUGGCUGGCGACGGCGGUGCUGGGGAGGGACCCGGAGCAGUUCCCGGAGCCCGAAGCGUUCCGGCCGGAGCGCUUCGACCCGGAGAGCGAGCAGUGCAAGCGGAGACACCCCUACGCGUACAUCCCCUUCGGCAUCGGCCCGCGGGCGUGCCCGGGGCAGAAGUUCGCGUUCCAGCAGCUCAAGCUCACCGUCAUCCACCUCUACCGCCGCUACGUCUUCAGGCACUCGACCAGAAUGGAGUCCCCACUGCAGCUGCAGUUCUCCAUCGUCACCAACUUCAAGAACGGUGUCAAGCUCCAGGUCGUUCAAAGGAAGAACUAA